CGCAACAUUGACCAUCAUUUUCGCAGCAGUUCUAUCUGCAACGGCCAAGCCAAGGAUAUCUGAAGAUAACGAUGAUCGAAUAGCGAAUAACAUGGAUAGCAUGUGGGUGGAUGAUGAUAACAUAUAUCGUAACGUGUGGAGUAGUGAUGACGUGAUACCCAGUGAUAUGGAGUUGGAAGAACCAAUAAAUAUUGAAUUUUUAAACUCUAAAAACGGAGCAAAUAAUGCCUAUUGGCUAUUUACAAGGGAGAAUCCUACACAUCCACAACUAAUUAUAAACGGUGAUGUAAGCACAAUAAGGAAUUCAAAUUACGUUGCUAACCGUCCGCUAAUGGUGGUUGUUCAUGGUUGGUCAGGAAGCGUUAACUCCGUUUUGAACACUCGCAUCACGGCAGCCUUCUUAGCAACUACUGACGUCAAUGUUAUAGUUGUUGAUUGGCAAGAGCUAGCAGCUGCUAACUACGUCACAGCUGUUGCCGGGGUGCCAAGUGUGGGCCAACAUUUAGGAGAAUUUGUUAAUUGGCUCAUAGAAAAUGGUGGUGGCGUAUGGGACAACGUUCAUUUAGUAGGAUUCAGUCUUGGUGCUCAUAUUGUUGGCAACGCUGGAAGAACACUCGAUGGGAGGGCUAGAAGAGUCACAGGUCUCGAUCCAGCGGGCCCACUGUGGCAUGCCCUCCUGAGUAGCAACGCACUCAGAGCAACAGAUGGGCAAUAUGUGGAAGCAAUUCACACCAACGUUGCUGCAAUGGGUAUCCUUAACCCUAUCGGAGACACAGACUUCUAUCCGAACGCUGGCUGGCACCAGCCUGGCUGUGAGGACAUCAACCAGUGCUCUCACAGUCGAGCUCACGCCUUAUAUGCGUCCAGUAUACUCACCGAUCAUUUCGUUGGACGUAGAUGCAUAAAUCUGACUCAGGCACUCAACAAUCUCUGUACCGGUGCUGCCCUCAAUAUGGGAAAUGGAAAUCUUAACAAAACCGGUUACGGCAUUUAUGGUCUGUCCACUAGCAGCGUCUGGCCGUAUUAGUAAUCUACGGAAAUAUCUACAUCAGUAUGCUCAAUAACUUUAGAUGGUGCUCUCGCGUCUCCUAAUAUUUCUUAAAGACACUUUAAGGCUGAGAUCUAUAUCUGAGUGUAAAGUUAGCAUAAUCUUUGAUUUCGAUUUUAUAGUCAUUUGACAGCUGAAAUA